UCUGAUGGGAAAGAGAAAAAGUCCAAAACAAAAGACAAGGACAAGAAGAAGGAACCAGCUUCAAUGUUCCAGAUAAAUGGAGAGAAAGACACAAAGAGCAAAAAGAAAGCUGCUAAAUCUGACAGCGACGAAAGUGAAGCGGAAACAAAGUCGAGCAAAUCAAAGAAGAAAUCCUCCGCCGGCUCAGCGUCCAUGUUCCAAACAUCAGGAGACAAGGACAAAGAUAAGAAGACGAAGAAGAAAGCAAAGGCAGAAGAGAGUGAUGAUUCAGAGUCAGAAAAAGAAGAAAAAUCCAAGAAGAAGAAGGGCAAAGGAAAGAAGAAAAAGGAGAGAUCUCCGUCACCUGAGAUUGAGUUUGACGACUUGGAGAAGUUUGUGAUGCAGCCGGCUCCGCAGGGCACGACCAUCAAGUGCCGAGUGACACGAGACCAGAGAGGGAUGGAUAAGAGUCUCUACCCUCUGUAUUACUUUCACCUGGACAACGAACAAAAGACGUUCCUCUUGGCUGGAAGGAAACGUAAGAAGAGCGCUACAUCAAAUUACCUCAUCUCCAUUGAUGCCACAGAUUUAUCAAGAGGAGGCGAGAAUUUUGUGGGAAAGUUGAGGUCUAAUUUAAUGGGCACAAAGUUCACAGUAUUUGAUAACGCUCUGAAUCCAGAGAGAGCUCUUCCUGACCUGUCCAACGCACGCCAGGAGUUAGCAGGGAUCAUCUAUGAAACAAAUGUUUUAGGGAUGAAGGGUCCCAGAAGGAUGACGGUUGUUAUUCCAGGAAUGGACAAAAACAACGAGCGGGUUCCUCUACGACCAAGAAAUGAUUGCGACGGCUUGUUGUUGAGACACCAGAAUAGACGGACGGACAACUUGAUCGAGCUGCGCAACAAGACGCCUGUGUGGAACGAAGAUACGGCGUCCCAUGUGCUCAACUUUAACGGCAGGGUCACCCAGGCCUCCAUCAAGAACUUCCAGAUAGUUCAUAACAAAGACUUGGACUACAUUGUGAUGCAGUUCGGACGUAUAGCUGACGACAUUUUCACGCUCGACUUCAACUACCCGCUGUGUGCCGUGCAGGCCUUCGCCAUUGCUCUCUCCAGCUUCGACGGGAAGAUCGCCUGUGAAUAACAGCGGGGCUCACACAAAAACCUGAACCUACACCCACAUCAGAACAACUCUUGUCUUUGGACACUGCCUUCAACGUUUCCUGUGAUGGACUCUGAUAACAGGUCAUGGUUUAGUGAAUGUGUCUUUACGUGCUGCGGCACUGUUACCCCUGUGGGUGUGUUUUUCACUCACAGUCUGAAGUCGGUCUCAUAUCAUCAUCUGAUCUUGCCAACAUGACAUGGGAGAAUUCUGGCUGUUGUCUCUGAACAUAAACUUCUGGGUUGUUUUAGAGUAUGUUGUCAAACCUGAAUGAUUAAGAUUUUUGAAGAUUACAAACGUCUUUUAAAGAUGUUAGUGUUGUAGUACUCCAAAUCGGUCUUGGUCUCGAGGCCGCUUUUUGAAGGUCUCGGUCUCGACUCAGAGUCAAAAUCAUUUUCACUCGGUCUUGUCUCGGUCUCAGGCUUGGCAGACUUAUGGAUUUUUUAUCAGUCAAGAUCACCACUGAUUGGCUAUUUUUGUCCAUGUAAUUACUGUGAUUAGAAGGAAAAUGCCUCUUUUUAAAAGAACAAAUAACUUCAGUUCAUUCAUAAUAACAUUUUUAUCCCUCAGUUACGGCCUUCCCGGUGUUACGAUCUAAGUGAGUGAAACGUCCCCUGCACACAAGAUGAUGAUUUUUCAGUGAUAUUUAUCA